CCAUGUCUUUCUCAAUGUUGCAAGCACCUCUGUCGCCCCCGGUUGCGGAUAUGGUCAGUCUAUCCUUCUCGCAGACUCCCAAAACGCCCAGGCCAACGCGGGUGACGAGAAAAGAUGCACAAGUCUCGUCCUUGACCAUAAGCGACAACAAACAAGCUAUGAGCCCUGCGGAAGAUCCAGUAUCGCAUCAGAAUGUGGGCCCGGAUCAUUUAUCCGUUGCUGGCCUCGUAGCUGCCCGAAAGCGAUGUCAAAAUGCCUGCCGCCGCUUCAAUAACGCCGGUGACGUAUCUCGACGGCAAAUGCUGGAGCUUUGGAAAGAGUGAGUAUGAUUUCCCUCCAGAUCUUCAUCCGUUUGUAUGAGCCCACGCUCUGCCGUGGUUGAUUAGGGUUCCCAACACCACUGUACUGAUAGUAUUAGCAUCCUCAAUGAUAAGUCUCCUCUCCCUCUGCAGAAAGAAGACCCCUUAGAGGACGACAUCCAGCUAGAAAAGUACCCGUGGAUCGAGCCUCCAUUCCGAGUCGACUAUGGCCACAACCUGAAAGUAGGUGAGGGCGCAUUCAUCAACUUCGAUGCCAUCAUCGUUGACACCGCUCCUGUCACCAUCGGGGCGCGUACGUUGAUUGGCCCCC